CGUUCAAUUUAUUGAAAGACACGGAUCAUUCGGCGUUGGUUCCUUGGUCUGCCGUCUAACCUAGCUAUGUCUUCUUCCUCUCUCCCUCAAAAAGAUUUUCCACAAUUUUUUUGUAAGGCUCGACCAUGAAGCUGCGGCUCAUCUAGGUCUGGAACCACUGGCAAUCAAACCUACUGUCUUUUUUCGUCAUCCAUUGUCAAUCUUCACAAGCAACCCUAAUCCCUUCCCUCUUCCUCCCUGUCCUCGUACCCGCAAGCUCAGAUCCCGACGAGUUUUUGUUCCUUACUUUUACCGUGCAUUUGCACCAUUUUAGCUUGGGGUUCCGCUAUCAUAUUUUUGGUUCUAUUCUUCCAUCGAACGAUCGACGCCAGAAUUGUACGAGCCUGUUUUUUAGCCGUAUUGCUUGUGUUGCCCGCGUGAUUCUCGUUUCACACGAGCGAUCUUGGUGUGAUGGGGAAAGGCGGGCAGGAUCGUGGGCGUGGAGCCGGUGCAAAACCUAAUUCGUCGUCGCCUUCAUCCUCUUUUCCAGCUUGGGCCAGGACGGUUGCCGAGUGUGAGGCCGAAUUCGGAGUUUCUGCUGACGUUGGACUAACCUCGGUAGAGGUUUCUCGGCGGCUGGAGGUAUACGGCUUGAACGAUCUCGAGAAUCACUCCGGGCCAUCAAUCUGGCAAUUGGUGCUGGAGCAGUUCAACGACACACUCGUACGGAUCCUUCUUGUUGCCGCGGUUGUCUCCUUCGUUCUGGCAUGGUAUGAUGGCGACGAGGGCGGCGAGAUGGGGAUCACGGCAUUUGUGGAGCCGCUGGUGAUCUUCUUGAUUCUGAUAGUAAACGCAGUAGUAGGGGUCUGGCAGGAGAAUAACGCUGAGAAGGCGCUGGAGGCGCUGAAGGAAAUACAGUCGGAGCAUGCUGCUGUGAAAAGGGAUGGGGAGCUCAUACCUAGCUUGCCAGCUAAAGAGCUUGUUCCGGGUGAUAUAGUUGAGCUUAGGGUUGGGGAUAAGGUCCCUGCAGAUAUGAGGGUGCUGCACUUGAUAAGCUCAACUCUUAGAGUAGAGCAGGGGUCUCUUACUGGAGAGAGCGCAGCUGUGAAUAAGACCAAUCACAAGAUUGAUUCGGAAGAUACUGAUAUACAAAGCAAAGUGUGCAUGGUUUUUGCAGGAACCACUGUGGUUAAUGGGAGCUGUGUGUGCUUGGUCACGCAGACUGGUAUGAACACGGAAAUUGGUAAGAUCCACUCCCAAAUUCACGAGGCUUCUCAAUGUGAGGAAGAUACACCUUUGAAGAAAAAACUGAAUGAGUUUGGCGAGGUUCUUACAGCUUUAAUUGGUGUGAUCUGUGCGCUUGUGUGGCUCAUCAAUGUAAAGUAUUUCUUAACCUGGGAAUAUGUCAAUGGAUGGCCGAGAAAUUUCAAGUUCUCCUUCGAGAAGUGUACCUAUUACUUUGAGAUUGCGGUUGCAUUAGCUGUGGCUGCAAUUCCUGAGGGUCUUCCGGCCGUGAUUACAACUUGUUUGGCAUUGGGUACCAGGAAAAUGGCCGCAAAGAAUGCGCUUGUAAGGAAGCUUCCUAGUGUUGAGACUUUGGGAUGUACGACUGUAAUUUGUUCUGAUAAAACUGGCACACUGACAACGAACCAGAUGUCGGCGGCAAAACUCGUGGCAAUCGGGCGGUCGACUGAUAGUUUGAGAAGCUUUAAGGUAGAUGGAACUACUUAUGAUCCUAAUGAUGGGAGGAUUCAUGAUUGGCCUGCUGGUCAGUUGGAUCAAAAUCUGCAGAUGAUUGCAAAGAUUUCCGCAGUUUGUAACGAUGCUAGCAUCAGUCGUUCUGGACAACAUUUUGUUUCUACUGGAGGGCCUACUGAGGCAGCUUUAAAGGUUUUAGUUGAAAAAAUGGGACUUCCUGCUCGGUUUGAUGCUUCAUCUAUAGGUUCUACUAAUACAUUGAGAUGCUGCCAGUGGUGGAAUGAUUUAUCUCCUAGGGUUGCAACGCUUGAGUUUGAUCGUACUAGAAAGUCCAUGGGAGUCAUUGUGAGAUCAAAAACCAAAAGCAAUGCCUUACUUGUGAAGGGGGCUGUGGAGAAUUUACUGGAGAGAAGUGUAUCUGUGCAACUGCAGGAUGGUUCUGUUGUAGAACUGGAUGAGCGCACUAAAGGUCUAAUUUUGAAAUACCUUCAUGAAGCGACAUCUAGUGCACUGCGAUGUCUCGGUUUUGCAUAUAAGGAAGAGCUUGAGGAAUUCAGCACUUACGAUGGUGAAGAUCAUCCUGCUCAUAAGCUUCUGCUUGAUCCAUCUAACUAUUCAUCAAUUGAGAGUGAUUUGAUUUUUGUUGGAUUUGUUGGACUUAGGGAUCCUCCCCGUGCAGAAGUGCACAAAGCAAUUGAGGAUUGCAGAGCAGCAGUGGUAAUAACUGGAGAUAACAAGGAGACAGCAGAAGCAAUUUGCCGAGAAAUUGGUGUAUUUGGUCCAUAUGAAAACAUCAACUUAAAAAGCUUUACGGGAAAAAAUUUUAUGUCUUUACCUAAUAAAAAUGAAAUAUUAAGACAGAAAGGUGGACUUCUCGUUUCUAGAGCAGAACCAAAAGACAAGCAGGAAAUUGUUAGAUUGCUCAAAGAAGAUGGAGAGGUGGUUGCAAUGACUGGUGAUGGUGUCAAUGAUGCUCCGGCUUUGAAAAUGGCUGACAUUGGUAUUGCUAUGGGUAUUGCAGGAACAGAGGUUGCUAAGGAAGCCUCUGACAUGGUUCUGGCCGAUGACAAUUUCAGCACAAUAGUUGCUGCAGUUGGCGAGGGAAGAUCUAUAUACAACAAUAUGAAGGCCUUUAUAAGGUACAUGAUCUCCUCCAACAUUGGUGAAGUUGCAUCCAUAUUUCUGACAGCAGCGUUAGGUAUUCCUGAGGGGUUGAUACCCGUUCAGCUGUUAUGGGUCAAUUUAGUCACAGAUGGUCCUCCUGCAACUGCUUUGGGAUUUAAUCCCCCAGAUAAAGAUAUCAUGAAGAAACCACCUAGGAAAAGUGAUGACUCUUUAAUCAGUGCCUGGAUCUUGUUUCGUUAUCUGGUCAUUGGGUUUUAUGUUGGGAUUGCUACUGUUGGAGUUUUCAUCAUAUGGUACACUCAUGGAUCCUUCUUAGGCAUCGAUUUGAGUGGUGAUGGGCACACUCUUGUCACCUACUCCCAACUGUCGGACUGGGGCCACUGCCCCUCAUGGCAGGGCUUCAAAGUGACCCCAUUCACUGCUGGAAAUCGUAAAUUCUCCUUCGAUUCAAAUCCGUGCGAUUAUUUCCAGAUGGGCAAAAUCAAGGCAAUGACUCUCUCGCUUUCUGUGUUGGUCGCCAUUGAGAUGUUCAAUUCGCUCAACGCUCUGUCGGAAGACGCGAGCCUUAUCCGUAUGCCUCCGUGGGUCAAUCCAUGGCUUCUCGUUGCCAUGUCGGUGUCCUUCGCCCUUCACUUUAUGAUCUUGUAUGUGCCAUUUCUAGCUCAAGUUUUUGGGAUUGUUCCCCUCAGCUUCAACGAGUGGCUUCUCGUUCUAGCGGUAGCCUUCCCAGUUAUCCUUAUUGACGAGGUGCUCAAAUUUGUGGGGCGGUGCACGAGUUCUUUGGGUGCUGAGAGAGCCAUAAAGAAACAUAAGGGCGAUUAGCUGAAUAAAGGAGGCGAUUUCCUCCUUUCAUUAUCGACCAACCUGCUGCCUUUGUUCUGUUCUUUUCUGAAUCAGGAGCAGGUAUGAGACUUAUUCUAUUUGAUAUCAAGAAGAAUCUGAAAAUUGAACUAGCAUUCCUUAAUGAAUUCCAGUUUUAUUGAUAAAUUAUAGACUCGAUGACUUUGGACGCUUUAGUUUUAAUAAUUGUUGUAGGAGAUGAUUUUGGUUCUAAUUGAUAGUUUAGCUUUGCUGCUUGUAUGAAACUGGAGGACUCUACUGAUAUGUCUCUGCUGUUGAAAGCUGUAUGCGGCAUCAUCUCUAAACUAUUUAUAUCCAGCUUAGGUUUAUUAUUAGGAAUAUGUGUUUUUUUUUCCUUCUUUGACAAUUGUUUCUUUUAUUCGGAAUUCUAAAAUUGAUUUAGGGACGCAUUUCAUGGAAUUUGCGAAUUCUCUGUAACAUCACAGUUAAUGCUGCUACACGAUUAUUUAAUUCUG